AUGGACCCCCGCCGCCCACUCACCUGGGCACUGGUGCUGCUGGGCACCGGUCUGGCGCUCGCGCUGGGCCCCGCGCCUGCUCCGGAAGCCCCAGAGAAGCUGUGCGGCCACCACUUGGUGCGCGCGCUGGUGCGGGUGUGCGGGGGCCCGCGCUGGUCCUCCGAAGACGGGCGGCGAGUGGCUGGCGGGGACCGUGAGCUGCUGCAGUGGCUGGAAGGACGACAUCUCCACGGGCUGGCGGCCGAUGGGGACCCCACGCUGGUUGUCGUGCCACAGCCCCUGCCCCAGGCCUCUCGCCGUCACCGCCCCCGCCGGGCAGCCGCCGCCAACCCUGCACAUUUCUGCUGCCUCAGUGGCUGCACCCGGCAGCGCCUGUUGACCCUGUGUCCUCACUGAACCCGCCUGGGUGUGGCCUCAGAGGAUCCAGAGACCCCCCCCAGGGGUCGGGUCUGGCGGGCUCCUGGAGCACCAUAAAGCCCCAUCUGGGAGGACGGGGGCGGAUCACCUCCCAGCACUCACCGCCUCCCCCGGGCCACCUUCCUCUGUGGGGCCAACUGCAAAAAAAAAAAAAAAAAGAUCGCGCCUCAACCCUGGCCUGGAGGGUCCUUGGUUUCACGGGGAUGCCAGACUCUGAGGGCCAAAUGUUCUCACCUCUGAGGAGCCCCAGGCGCCACCCACCCCAUAUCUGUGACACCGACCCUCGUUGUUGUCUCCCUAAUAGUAAAUAAAUGAAGCUCCUGCAGAAUCCGAAGCAGCCUUCUGCAUUUUUCUCAAGGAAAA